AUGGGGACUAAGGCAUGGCAGUCCAAAACUAAGAGAUUAAUAAAAAUCUGGAUCAAAGAUAGGAUGCUUCCGAAUACAGCAAAACAAGUCCAACUUGAUCUACUUAUCGAAGAUUUUUCAAACUGGCAAAAGGCAACUACUGACUUAGCAAAGGAAAAUGCCUCACUACACUCCCAAAUAAGAAGCCUCGCAAAGCAAAUACAAUUGAUACAAGAGGCUGAGAAAGUAGCUCUAGAAGAAUGCAGUAGUUUAAGGAGCAUGGCUGACAAGCUCCAAGCCACUUUGUCAAAAAGAUGCGAUUUUGAAGACGAAAAUGGUCGACUGAAGGAACAGAUACAACAAAUGAAGAAAUCAGCUGAUGCUCUUGAACAGGAGCACAAAAACCAAAUCACUGAAGCCAUUAAGGAAAUCGAGGUAUCAGAUCAGAUGCAUAAAAACGAAAUAUGCCGUUUGAAGGAAGAAUCUCAGCAGCAAGCCAAACGAGAGAUUUCUCUUCUUGAAAAAAGCCUCCAGGAAAAAGAUAGCGAGUUGAGACAUUUGCAGAAACAGCUAGCUGACAUGGCGAGGGACAAACACACAGAAAUCGUCAAACUAAGACUAGAGUAUGAUGCCAAACUGCUAAAGUUGCAAAAGUCCAAUGUUGCCAAAUCUUUAAAUACUCCAUCCUCACAUUCCAACAGUGACAUCUUCCGUAAGAAACUUCAAGCUGCAAAAUCACAGUCUGAAAAAGAUAUCGCUUCUCUAAAAGACAAGAUCACUCAGUUGGAAAGACAAGUUCAGAAAUAUCAACAGCAAGAUCAGCAAUGCACAAAUCGACAGCCUCUUUCUCUGAAAAGGAAGCGAUUUUAG